GGCGGGGCUCCCCGGGCGGGCAGGCCAUGCGCACUCGGGAGCGGCCGGAGCAUGGCGCCGCGGGUGCUGCCGCUGCCCAGGCAGCAGUCCUUCUGCCCGCCCACCGUCUUCAACCCCUUCGUGCAUCCGCGGCGCCUGAGCGCCAGGGACAAGCUGCGGACUGUUCUUCAGGGGAUUAUUUUGCUACCCCCCCGUGCCAUAUGCAUUGCAUUCAUUGUACUGCUGGCAUGGCUGUUUGCAUCAAUUGCAACUUUCCGCCACCCUGGAAAAGGAUCUGUGCCGCUCAAAGGAUGGAGAAGGAGGAUGAUCCAGACAACCCUGUCAUGCCUAACUCGUAUCUUGUUCUCCGUAAUGGGCUUCCAAGUUAAAGUAAAAGGGAAAAUAGCAAGCCUACAGGAAGCCCCGAUCUUUGUUGCAGCUCCUCAUUCAAGCUUUUUUGAUGCCAUUAUUUCUGCACUAACUGGAAUGCCAUCAAUGGUGUCGAGAGCAGAGAACCUGUCAACUCCGGUAUUUGGCACAAUAUUAAGUUCCCUUCAGCCUGUAUCAGUUUCUCGUCAAGACCCUGAUUCACGAAAGAAUACAGUCACCGAGAUAACUAAGCGGGCGUUAUCGAAAGGCCAGUGGCCACAGCUACUAAUUUUCCCAGAAGGCACCUGCACAAACCGGUCAUGCCUGAUCACAUUUAAACAAGGUGCCUUUGUUCCACAAGUCCCUGUACAACCUGUCUUGCUCCGAUACCCUAACAGGCUGGAUACUGUGACCUGGACAUGGCAGGGUUAUUCACUAAAAGAGCUGUGCAUAAUGACCAUGUGUCAGCUCUUCACAAGAGUAGAAGUUGAGUUUCUGCCUGUUCAUGUUCCUACUGAGGAAGAAAAGAAGGAUCCCAUCCUCUUUGCCAACAGAGUACGACAAACCAUGGCAACUGCUUUGAAUGUGCCGGUCACUGAUCACACUUUUGAAGAUUGCAGACUGAUGAUUUCGGCAGGGCAGCUGACUUUACCCAUGGAAGCUGGGCUGGUGGAGUUCACCAAAAUUAGUAAGAAACUCAACCUAAAAUGGAAUCAUGUCAGAGAGCAGUUGGAUACCUUUGCUGCUAUUGCAAGUGCUUCCAAAGGGGGAAGAAUUGGAAUUGAAGAGUUUGCAGAGUACUUGAAGCUGCCUGUUUCAGACGUCCUCAAAGAGCUGUUUCAACUCUUUGACAGGAAUGGAGAUGGCACCAUCGACUUCAGAGAAUAUGUAAUUGGUUUGUCUAUUCUUUGCAACCCAGCCAACACAGAAGAGACUAUUCGGAUGGCAUUUAAGCUCUUUGACAAGGAUGAUGAUGGCACUAUAACAGAAGAUGAAUUUGCUUGUAUCAUUCAGUCAGCUCUGGGGGUGCCUGAGCUUGACGUUUCUGUACUCUUUAAAGAAAUAGAUGCAGAUGAAACUGGGAAGCUGUCCUAUGAUGAGUUCAAGGACUUCGCACUCAAGCAUCCAGAAUAUGCGAAGUUAUUUACUACAUACCUAGACCUACAGAGAUACCAUUUAGAUAUGUUGGAGGAGGAUUACAGUGAGUCACCUGAAGUCAAACACAGUCCAAUUAGAAAAAGCACAAUCCCAGUCUCAGAAGCAACACCACUAGCAAGAAACAAAGUCUGUCCUGAAGGCUGUGAAGAGAAUAAUUCAAGUAGCUCCGACAAAAAGGAUGACUGAGAAGAGUUAGAGAAUUCAGUUCUUGAAUUCUAUGGGAUUUAUUCCCUACCUAUUCAUAAGCACAACUGAUAUACAAUAGAGAUGGAAGUUACCAUUAUUAUUUUUUUUUUACUUCCAUAUCAGUAGUUAUGGCUAAUUGAAUGUAAGGGAAAAACCAUUGUAAAUAUUUUGUCCUUGAUGUCAGUAUCACAGUAUUUGGAAUGUUGUUCACUGUCUUCCAAGUUCAUUCUUCCACAAAAGUAAGAGGUGUGCUAAGAGGGCUAUGAGGCUCAGCAUGGCAGUAAUCUCUCAGAAAAGAAGCUGAGGAGUCCAGUUGUGUAAAAAGAACUGGAUUUUUUUUUUUGCUGCUCAAUUCCUCUACCUCCACAAUGUGUCUUAUGGGAAAAAAAUAUAGCAGAGUGUUUUAAUUUACAAUAUCUCUUAGCCUUUCACAAGUUUCUGAGACACAAAUGAGUUACAAGAAGCUGAGAGUUGAAGCUGGUGUUUUCUUUUAGCUGUGCUUAUAUUUCCCUUAACUACUUGGAAACUAUAAAGCCUAAGCUUCUGAACAAGACCCACAGAUUCACAGAAACAGCUUUAGGCUUAAAGGCUAGUUAAGGAUGGAAAAGGUUGCACUUGUAACAACAAAAAACUAAUUGGAAUUCCAUGAUAGCAGCUCAGAGUCUACAGGAAAACGCAGACAAUAAGACUCAAUAGACGAUUUCAAAAUUAAUAGAAUGUUGUUUACAGUUACAACUGUUCAGGAUAACAUUAGGAGGAACAUUUCAAACUUCAGCAUAUUCUAGUAAUUAUCAACAGAGGAAUGUGACCUUGCUCUGCAAAAUUAAAAGGCAAAUAUGCUGUCAAGCCAUACUUCUAGUAGCUAGUGUCUACUGUAAAGCCGUCUCCUAGAAAUGUUUGCAUUACUGUGCCAUUACUCAGUACAUUCUUAGGGUUUGAUUCAUAACCAAGCUCUUCCUAGUUAAUGAUUUGAGAAAGUUUUGCCUCAGUCCACUCUAAUGCACUGGAAAUGGGGCCUUUACCUUUUUUCUGUCCUUAAUCUGAAUGCACUUUAUGCAGUAUUUAAAAUAUAUAAGUAUUUACACAAGUAACUUCUAAAUAAAAACUCACAAGGGGCAUAAUGACAGUAUAUUUUCAAAUUAGAACUGAGAUGAGCAAAGCCUAGAAUGUCUAGUACCAAAAAUAACCUAUAUUCAGCAGGUUGGCUGUGUGAAAUGGUAACCUCUGCCUCUAAGUUAUUGCUUGUCUGGCUACAAGUACAUUGCCAUGUUUAAUCUUACUGUGUUUAUAAUUGUGCCUAUCCUGAUGUUUCAUGUGCUUAAAAUAAAUCUAUAUUUUUCAAAGACUUUA